AUGUCAUUUAACGUAUAUAAAAUUCUUGAAAUUGAAGAUCUAGAAUAUAAUGAACAAAUAAUUGAUUUAUCAUCUUCAAACAACAAUGCUUCGCAAUUCGUUAAUCAAGUUAAUUUAACUAACGAUCUACCUCAAACAGAGGUAACACCGUGGAUUGUAUCUACAAAAAUGAAAGAAAUAAUGACUGAAUUCGAAAAUACUAUUUUGUCUCAAUUCCUGUAUGUUCCCUGUUCUAUUUGCUCAAAGCUCAUGUAUUCAAAAAAAUCAAGUUGGAUUCAACAAGACCCUUCCGUUUCAUAUCCUCUCGCAAACUAUAUACCAUUAGUUACAAAUCCCAUUCCACCAACAAAUCGUAUUGCAAUAUGUCAAUUAUGUAAAUCAGAUCCAAAUCGUAAUUACCCACUAUAUUUUGCACCAACACCAACAGAAAUAGAAUCUGUACUAUUGAAAAAAUGUAAAUACCUAUCACUUAUUUUCUUACAUUGCUCUCUUGGUAGAACACCUGGUGCAAAUCCUUUUUCUGAGUAUAGAACAUUAGUAGACACUAUGAAUUAUUCUCAAAAUUUCUAUUCAUUGAGCAUGUAUUCGGGCUUAUUGGGUGUAUACCUGGAAUCUUCAUCUUCUAUUCCAACUAAAAUUCCACCCUGGUUUGAUAAUUCAUUAACUAAUGCUAUUAACUGGCUUAAAGAGCAUAAUCUCUAUAUACACCAAUAUUUACAAAUGCUUUCGUCUUUUUCAAAUACAAAUCCUCGACUUCCUGUAGCUACUCAUUCGAUAAUUGAUGAAAAUACUCCUCUAUUUCAAAAAGGUGAUAUAGUAGUUCCACACCAAAAUUUUCCUACUGAAAUUUACAACGAAGAUGCAAAUUAUCAAAUCAUCGAACGCAGCACCUACACAGAUGGAUGGCGAUAUGAUGAAGAAAAGACUACACCAAUUCCCACAUUCAUUCGUACGGGCGAUAGUUAUUUUCAAAAAAAAAAUAAGCACCUAAACACAAUGAUUCAUGAACUUGGUCUCCUGACAUUGUUUAUAAUAUUGUCGAUGGCUGAAGGUUCGUGGACCCAUCUUCAUAAUAUACUCAUCAAUACAGACAACCAUGAUUCAUUACUAACAAACAGACCACUACAUACAACCCUUCAUUUUAUUCACAGACUUCAAAAUAUUAAAAAGUCUGUCAGGAAAAAUCCAGAAAUCAGCGAGUGGGAAACUUAUUCCCAUUUUUUUGACAGAAUAGAAUUUCAAAAUCAUGGAGCAGCACACCUUUAUGAAGUCUACUGCACAACUACAAGCAUAUUAGAAAUAAUAAAUUUAAAUACCAUACGAUCCACUCUCCCAGAUCCUAAUUUAGAACCCGAACUUUAUCAAAGAAGAAUGUAUUAUAAACUUAUCAGUACAAGUACAAUACUUAACAUCAGAUCCUCCAAAUAUAUGUUCCAAGGCAGUUAUCCGCUAUACAUGAUCAAUUCACUUGACGAUGAUCCUUAUUGGACUGAUAAAAUAGAAAAAUAUUUUGCUAGACUACACAAUUCCAUAUUUGAUAACAUGAUAUAUAAAACUUACUUUGAAACAUACAAUAUCAAAUCAACUCGUCCAACCCACUCUCUUCGAACAGUUUAUCAAGAUGAUCUUGGGAAUUUUAUUGUUGAACGCACAAAUCAUAUUCUCACCCGCAUGUGA